AUGGCUGUGGUAAAGAGCAACAACAGAAAGAAGCAUCAGAGUUACAUUUCAGUUCCUUCACAGAUAAUCAAUUCAAUCUCCCAAUCUUCACUUGAGUCUUUAUUACAACCUCCCCAGAAGAAGCAAGCAAUGCAUUUCUCACAAAACCCAUGUCUUAUUCCUCAAGAAAAGGCUGAAAUUUCGAGUGGUGAAAAAGAUGGGAAAAAUUAUGAGAAUAGUGAGUUUUGGAAGCAGCCUGAUGGGAUGGGUUAUAGGCCGUGUUUGGAUUUCAGUGAGAAAUACAGUAAGGAAAGUGGAGGGAUGAAUCAACAGAGAAAUCAGAUUGUUGAUGCUGUUGUGAUUGCAAGAAUUCUUGGGGCUGCUCUUGUUGUGCCCAUCUUGCAAGUUAAUGUCAUCUGGGGUGAUGAAAGUGAAUUUUCUGAUAUAUUUGAUUUGGAACAUUUCAAGAAUGUUUUGGCAAAUGAUGUUAGAAUAGUUUCGUCACUUCCUUCUACGCAUUUGAUGACAAGGCCGGUCGAGGAGAAAAGAACUCCACUUCAUGCUUCUCCCGAGUGGAUUCGCUCACGCUAUCUUAAGCGGCUUAGGAGGGAUGGAGUAUUACUUUUACGUGGUCUUGAUUCAAGGCUUUCUAAGGAUCUUCCUUCUGAUCUUCAAAAGCUUCGGUGCAAGGUUGCUUUUCAUGCAUUGAGAUUUGCCCCACAUAUCUCAGAAUUUGGUAACAAGCUUACAGAGAGAAUGAAAACUGAGGGACCCUAUCUUGCACUUCAUCUCCGAAUGGAGAAGGAUGUAUGGGUGAGAACAGGCUGUCUUCCGGGUCUAACCCCUGAGUAUGACAAGAUGAUAAAUGAUGAGAGGAGGAGACGACCGGAGCUCUUGACGUCAAGAUCCAACAUGACCUAUCAUGAAAGGAAACUUGCUGGCCUCUGUCCCUUAAAUGCCUUGGAGGUCACACGGCUUCUCAAAGCUUUGGGAGCUCCAAAAGGUACAAGAAUAUAUUGGGCUGGAGGAAUUCCAUUGGGUGGAAAAGAAGCCUUGCUACCAUUGAAAAGAGUAUUUCCGUAUUUGUACAACAAGGAAGACCUUGCCUUGCCGGAAGAGCUUAAACCAUUCGAGAAGAAAGCUUCACUAAUGGCUGCUAUUGAUUAUAUAGUUUCUGAGAAAAGUGACGUAUUCUUGGCAUCACAUGGUGGAAAUAUGGGUCAUGCUAUCCAGGGGCACAGGGCUUAUGCAGGCCUCAAAAAGACCAUCACUCCAAACAAAAGGCAAAUGCUCCCAUACUUCCUGAAUUCUUCUCUCCCUGAAGCAGAGUUCAACAGAAUUAUACUUGACUUGCACCAAGAUUCCUUGGGACAGCCAGAACUCAGAAAUAGCAAAGCAAGACGAGACGUGACAAAGUAUCCCAUCCCAGAAUGCAUGUGCAAUAGUUCCACAAAAGCAGAUGCUUCCAUCUAA